UGGGCAUCGUCACUCCUGUUGAUAAAGACUUUUCCCCAGUCGCACUGUCAGUGUUGAGCUGAACUUAAGUUUUUUCAACUGAUUCUGAGACAGCCAGAUUACGACACCAUGACUUCUCCUGUCGGAAGACUCCUUGCUUGGACUUGUGGUUUUAGUCUCCUCCUGGGUUGCGUCUUACCGCUCACGUUCCCAGUUGGGGAAAAUGUCACUUUACCAUGCAGCUUUCCCCCUGAACAAGCACCUGACAUACGUCUAGUAUGCUGGGGUAGAGGAGUUUUGGUUUACGAGGAUGAGUGCACUGAUGAGAUGUUCCGGUCAGAUGGGAAAGUGAUUUUCACCAGACCGUCUGGGCGCUACAACUUCACAGGCAACAUUGCUGAGGGCGAUGCGGCAAUGACCAUCAUGGAUGUCAAUGAGGAUGACUCUGGAUAUUAUUUCUGUUUGUUGAAGGGCAUCGGUAUCUAUAAGUUGAUGAAGUGGGACGUGAAGAUAGAAGGACCCCCCAGAGAGGCCGUGGCCCCCUCCUCCAUCCAGACAGCACCAACUCCCACCAUGGCCACCACGCCCUCCACUGCCAACGAGACCAAGAGUGAGACAACAAUUGUGGUGGCUUCCACUGUGACACCCCUUGUUCUGGUGAUGCUGACUGUUGCCCUGGUUGCCACAUGGUACAUUAAAACACGGACAGGCGGAGUAAACUUGGUCGCGAGGGUAUGGAGCCUACUUCAGGAAAUGCGGAGAACACCCUGGACUGGUCGCGAGCCAAUGGCAGUUUAUAGCGUGCAGGCCAGUAACGGAAAGGGUGUGGAAUUCAUUAGGAUGCCGUAUGGUCCAUUCAAAGGGCCUUGAGUGAGCUCGAGCCUAUCCCUGCUGACUUUGGGCGAGAGGCGGAGGACACCCUGGUCUGACAUGCUAACCACUCGUCCACCGUGCUGCACCUAGAUGAAUCAUUACAAUCACUCGGUGGAGAAGCUGUGAUUUCGAUAUUAAAAUUGGGUUCUGUUUUUUUAAGUGAUCAUGAUAAAACCUACUCUUUGACAAGCACAAAAUGAUUUGAAAAUGAAUUUUCUUCAUUGAAGAAUAUUGUAUUAUUGCUGUGAUUUCCGGUUUUCUUUGAUGCUUAUCUCCUUUAUCGUGUAUUUUAUCUCC